AAUAUUAUUGAGGUAAACAGGUAGUUAAUUAGUAAUAUUUUGUUUGACGUACGGCUAAGUAAAAUUCUGAUCAAAUUAUACGUUUAUGCGUCAAAACGUGUAUUAAAUAUACGAUAAGGUCGCUGGUCCAUUAAUUAAUACAAUACCAACAAGCAAAUAAAUCAGAGGUAAAGGAAGAAUACGAAUGUUUACUGAAAAUUACAUUCUAUUUAUAACAUCAAUUCAUUUAAUUAUUUGUGCUAACUUCAGUGUUCUCAGUGAUAAAUACAUUGUUUUAAUGAAAUAUCGGACGAGUUUUUUCGAAAAAAUUAAAAACCAGUAUAGCAACUUACUAUUUAUAUACAUGUAUACCAUAUACGUAAGAUAUGUAAGUACAUACUAGUUGCCAUCUAUUUCUGUUUCGUACAUAUGUAUGAACAUGCUAUUUGCGUAUUUAGCUUCAUUAUCUUAAUAGAUGCAUGUACAGUAUGCAACUUGUGUUUUCUAUUUAUAUUUAAAGUAAACUAUUCUGUACAUGUUAAACCAUACGAAGACGUAUUGUACUUUAAUGACGGAAACAAAUAAUCUAUCAUACGAAGUCACAUAAUUAAAUCAUAAAAAAUGCACAAACGAAAUUGUUACAUCUGUGAAAUAAAUGAAACUCGAAAAGGUAAAAGAAAUCAUGAGGUAAUUAAUGGUAUGUCAAUUAUAUUAGUACACGGAUAUUAAUUCGGGACAUGGACCACAGCGUGGUAGGAGGAUGCUGACCCCUUGGCUCGGGAGUGAUAGGUCUGUUUCGAUUAUGUCAGCCUCCUAUGACGACACCGGGCAUUGGUCUCUUUGAAGUGACAGAGACACCAUGUCGUACAUCGAGAUUCGCUUUUAGCGAGUCCGUAUAUAGAGCCGGGAUCGGUCAUCAGAACAUCUAAUCGGUAAACCCGACCUUUGCUGGUGUCAUUAAAAAUGUGGUAUGACAAAGAAUGCAAUGCUUUGAGUAAUCAAUCGCCUUCUGUAAUUAUUUAACAUACGUGUUGCGUGUGACAGCCAAAAUAUUUUUCCUACGAUCGAUUCAAUUUAUGCAUAAAAUCUGAGUAGAAUUUCGUACGAUUGUCUAUUAUUUAUGUUUAAUGUUUAUAUGUAUGUAGAACUAGAGAGGAACAUUUUUGAUCAAUAUAGUCUUUAAUGCAAAAGAUAUGAAGAUUUUUUAAGCUUCGUUAAAAGCAGCUGAUUUUGUUAGGAGUUAAGAGUAGCUCGUCUUUUUUGUUUAAAUAGUGCAAUUGUCGAUGUGGAAAAUUGUUUGGAACAUGAAUUGAAUUUAUGAAGCGUACGGAACAGGAAAUGAGCUAAUUAUAAAUCUUGAGAGCAAGAAUAAAAUAUUAAAGAGUUGGUACCAUACGAGAACGUGGACUGAAUUUCAAUGAAUAACUCCGGCGCAAAUAAAGAUAUCUAGAAAACAAGCUAACAUAUUCUCAGACGUCACGAAGCGAGUUCAAACAAUCCUAUUCCGUGCUAUAUUUUACAAUAUAAUCGACGAAAUUCGUAAGGUAAACCAUAAAAACAGCCAACAAAAAUAUUAGCCAACUGCACGAACAGCGGCUUGCCUUGCGAACAAGAAAGUCUCAAAGAAUUAUUCAUCUAUUUCAAACCUACCGAAGAUAUAUCAAAGUAAAAUAGACAAACCACGUUUUUCAUUUAAGACAUGUUUAUGUCCGACAUAAAGAAGGAAACAAGCCUAGUAAAAAAAUAGAAAGAAUUUAGAUACUACGUUCCAUUUAUCACAGUGAAAAUAAGUCACACUUUAACAAUGCUAAUCUCGCAUGUAAUUCAUUUUUUAUGACCUUCAGUUAUUUUCUACAAAUGUGAAUAAAUACCUACUUAAUUUGCAUCAUGAAUUUUGUAUACGUUUCAUACUUUGCAUUCUCUUCAAAAACAAAUAUUCUAUUGAGUCGUAGCAUUGACGGUACUAAAGUGAAAUGCAACGGAAUCCCACGUGGUCGUUGCAUCGCGGGUGCGAGACUGGACCUUGACUUCCAGCCGAGAUAAGGUGAAUGAAAAGAUUGUAACGGAUGUCCCUCGAGUUCGAGAUGGGUAACGCAAGCUGGAAAGUUCACUCCGUCCGACUCGUUAAUAUGCUAAUCUUACGAGCAAAAAUCUUAUUUUAUUGUCGGCACUGAGCGCGGAUGGUUUUGUCGCCCAAGAGAAAGGAAACGUAAACGAUUAUUGCGAGCUGGUUAAAAACACAGGAUGAAUAGGAUGUCGGUCGUAUCGUCGACACUUGCGUCGAAACAGCUUUUUCUGCUCAUUCUGGAACGACAAUUGUCAAGAACAAUACCUUUCGGAAUUGAUAUUUUCAAACUGAUAACAUUUUAUUCACCUCAUCAGACGAGAUAUAUGCUGUUUGCAUUUCAAAUUAAAGUUUUUGUAUUUCAGAAGUAAUAAACUGGAGUUCAAGGAAGAAUAUAAUAUUUCACCUUUCCAAUUUUUACUUGUUGGAUUAUUUCAUAAAUAAUGCACGUGCUUUUCAGUACAAUAAUUCAAACAAAUCUAUUUCAAAUGAUUUUUUAUUUGAUCGUUCAUAGCUUGUUUAAAAGAAACCUUAUCCUUGAAAUCCAGCUAUAUUACCAGUAUUGGGGACACAAAUAUAGGCUCAUUAGUUUUUAGACAAGUAUUGUCCAUCGUCCAUUGUAUGUAUUUACUAUACGGCGCAUUUUUAGCCGUGGCCCUCAAUGGCGAGGCGAACUAGCCCCUAGUUGCGACAUGACUACCUCGAGCACACAGAUUUAACCGGAAUAAAGUCCGAAAUCGUGGCGCGGGUGCCAUUUGACUGUUGGCCAAGCCCAGGCGUUGACUUAGUUUCUUUUUAGACCGUAAGGCUUAGCUGCUGCGGCAUUAUUGCGCUAUUAAUGCCGAGUGUUGUUACUCGUGCUGGUAGUGGCGUGAAACUAGACCCAACCGACCACCCUCGAUAGUACAACUCCUGCUCCUACCACCGACGCUCAGGAAGGCCGUCGCGACCAUUUUCUGAUAAUCUGGAUAAGCUGGGCCAUACGCGAACGUUGCGGCAGAACUUCUUGAACUUUUCGCAGACGCAAGAAGACUUAGGCGGACAAUAGGAACAAUGAGGAACAAUUUCGUGGCGGCCUUUCUGCCUCUCGUCCUGACAUUCUCGACGAGUCAAUCUUUUUGGGUUCACGGAAGCAGCAAGGAUUCGUUGAAGAGAAACAGUUUACCCGACACUUUCACCGGUUCGCAUCCUCGAUCGACAUCCACGUCAAACUACGAAUGCCUCUACGUAGAUCCUAGUCUACCGUCUUGCGAUUACAAACUGAUGUUAAAUUCGGAGGAGACGACGAGUAAUACAAACUUAUUUAAGAGAAACGUUAAUAGAAGCAUCGACGUUGGAAACGUGGAUGUCAUAGUUUAUACCAUCGAGGGUUGUUUACCUUCUAGAUUACCAUUUACGAUGCCUUCUUGCGAUGGUAUUUCCCUGGACAGGAUCGUGGAUGUGCGGCGGCUUCGUUCGUUCUCCGUGAAAGGGGUGACAAAGCCACCGUUCGUGUUCCCUAAAUUCAAUUACUCCCGAUGGCUGCGCAUGGUGAAACAGUUGCAAAAUCAUGCUUCGACCAAAACUAGACAUCAGAUCGGAAGGACCGAUGAAAGUUCCUUAAGGCAAUCAGUUCAGGAUUUGACGGAGGAACUAAUGAACGCAGCCACGACAAAGGAGACGAUGCCAAACGCGAUUGCGGCUAGUAUGAAAACUUCGAACGGGUCGUCACCGAACAAACUCAUUCCUGGCGAUACCAGAUCUUCGGCGUCGACCGAUCAGCUUACGAGGUCACCGGAGAACGCGUGUAAUGAUGGAAAUGGUGUGACACCGGAGUCUUCGUCAAACACAGAAAUACCUCCGGUUCUGCAACGUCACAACGAAUUAAAUUCGGACUCGCGGUCGAAUAGUGAUCAUUUAAAAUCUAGUAGUGAUGGAAGUAAAAUGAACGCGCCUUCGUUGAACCCGGAUAUCUCGGAGAUUCCAGCGGUUCAAAAGAGUCGACUUCUGAACGAACAGUCUGUAAUGAAAGAAGCUCCCAACGUGCUUUCAAAUUAUGCCAAUUCAAAGAAAUCACUUCAGUUUCCAGCCAGUCUGCAAGUGGAUGAAACGGACAAUGGACUCGUUGACGAUUUGCCACUUACGGAGAUAGCCCCGGCGGCUCUCAGAAGAAGAAGAGAAAUAAGGUUGCACGUUUCUGGACAGGAAAUCGGCAACGAGCCGAAAGUACGCACGGUUACUGGCGAACCAAUUUCGCGGUUCCACCGGAACAGAGAGACUUCGAGUUUUAAUUCAAAGCAGUUCUCAGAUUACGUGAAGUCUAGAAAGCAAUUUAACGUUCGUGUAGGCGAAGAAGAAAUGAUGAAUAAAAAUAUGCCCAUGGUUAGAACACCGCUUUUCAAAACGAAAUCUGAUUCUAAAUCUCUGAAUAAAGUAAAGUAUGGCGGAUGGUUUGGUUCGAAACCGACGUGGCAAAAAAUGAGAAAGUAUCGUCGAUAGGAAGACCCGUGUCGUUUUUUAUUCAGAAGAGCGAGGCACCAAGUAGGAAAAUUGGAUGCAGAAAUGAAAAAAAAUUAAGACAAUUCCAACAAUUCCAGUAAAUUAAUCGACUACUCCAUUAGACAAUUGACAAAACGUAUGUAAUUUAUAGGAGAAGUUCAGAGAAAUUGUAAAUCACCGUUUCCACGUAAGCCCCAGUGAGACGGAAAGUAAUAAACGCACAGGUCCGGGAAAAGAUCUUGUGGAGGAAACGUCCUCGAUUCCUGUUUGAAAAUUUGGAACGAAAUUUGUCAGCGAGGACAAGCUGACAGAUUGAAAAGUGGUAGGGUUAAAACCAGUCGUCCGAGUCACGGAUACCGAUGUUCGCAUUUUCUUUUUUCCUAUUUUCGCCCCUUCAUUCUCCGUUCUCCAAUCCCGUCAGGUCACGGAAAAACGUCUCGGCUCGAUUCUUGUUCCCGAUAAAUCGUUUCAGUUUUCCCCCAACGAAAAGAACGAGAAUAUACAGAUAUUUCUCUGUCUAGCAUUUCACGUCGGGAUUUCGAAUGGCAAUUAUUGGUUAUUUUGGAGGGAAACUUCACAUUAACAUUACUUAUUUUUUAAUUUCUCGAAAUUAGUCUAUUAUGAGAAGAAAAUAAUAUAAUAUAUGUUACAAAGAUCGGCAGAACUAAUUUUUACACUUAGCUGAUGCCUCUUCUCUUUUUCUUUUUAUUGAUCUCAACAGACGAUGAUAUUUAUGUAAAAUCGUGGAUUUUGAGAUUCUCAUGCCACGAUUUCACAUUAUCAUUAGUAAUAAUAAUGUGAUACAUAAGUUAAGAUAUUAAGCGAUAACUCGUAGUAGAUUUGCAGUUGUCCAACUAGGAGUAUAAUGUGUUUAAUUAUUAUUAACUUAACGAUCCCUGAAAUGUACGAAAAUUUUAGUUAUGUAAAUUAUACAAGAUUUUAAAUAAAGUCUGUUACAAUGCAA